CUCGUGUUUUUGUAAUGAUCAUGUGAGAGUUCGAAAGCUAACUCAAACACAUUUGGAAAUCUACAUGGUAGUUCAGUCAACUUCAGUCAUAAAUAGGGCAAGGGAUCCACUAUAAAGGAGAUAGGCAUUGAUAGACGCUGAUUAGGAAGGCACUGAUACUCAAAGAUGAUAAAGAUGUCGUCACAUACUAUCGGAAUUCUCUCGGUGUUCGCUGUUUGCGCGUGCGCAUACACACCGGAAGAACUUGGACAGUUUUUAAGAGUAGGACUGAGCAAUAUACAACGGGAAACCAUCGACGGGCCAACAACUAUAGAAGGAACCGUUCCAACAUGGCUUGAAGGUAACUUUGUCCGCCAUGCCUGUGGAUCGUUCGGGCACACAGAAAGCAGAGAUAAGAACCUGCCAAACUACAUAGGCCAUCUGUUCGACUGUAUGGAGAUUGGGCAGAAAUUCCGAAUCCAGAAUGGCACUGUCACUUUUACGAAUAAAUGGUACGACACGGUGGUAAACGACAUCUACAACUACUAUCACCGUGAUAUGAACCUGUCUAGUGUUUUCCUCGUCAGCACAUACUCCAAAACCAACCCGGGUCAGGUCGACGCGUGGCGGGCCAACUUCUCCUCCACCUCCAAGGUCCCAGAGGUCCCACAUGUUAGCUGGUGGCAGGUCGGUAACCAGGCCAUAGCCAUGUCGGAGACGCCAAUAGGGGUAGUGGUUGACCCCAAUUCCCUUCAGCAACAUGGUAAUGCGCAAUAUACAGACCAAAACAUGGGAUUUCCGGACACGCCCGCGCACGGGUUCACGAACAAUCCUGCGCACGAGCACACGGAGCCGGACGGAACGCUCUGGAGCACGGUGAUCUCCACCACGUGGCUAGGACCUACCAAACUGAAUCUCAAGCGGGUCGUGUACAAGGUAGGAGCAGACCGGUACCGCCACGUGGUGGGCCAGUACGACUACGGCACAGCGGAUCUGACGCUCUGUCACGGGCGCAGCCGCUACCCAGACCCCGCCCUGCGGCCCGGCUAUCUACACUCAUUCUGUAUGACGGAAAACUACAUCAUACUCCCGGAAGCCGCGUACAUGUUUGACCCAUGUGCAUACACGCACUACGAUGGCCACGUCCCUUUCUUCCCGCAAGCAUUUAGUUUCGAACCCCGCGCCUUCUCCCGCCUCCUGGUCAUGAGACGGUCGGACGGAACAUUUGUAGGAGAGGCCCACCUGCAGCCGUUCUUUGUUACCCAUCAGCUUGGCUCGUACGAGGUAAAUGGCGAGGCACGACUGGACAUGCUCAUGUACGAUGACGCCAGCGUCUACGAUAAGAUCACUUACGUAGAUGCAUUGCUAGGACCGGGCGAUUACUCCACGAACGUUUCCCGGAUAACAGUGAAUCUGACCGACUUCCGGGCGAGCAUCAGCAGCCUCAGGCGACCGGAUGCUUCUCCGGCAUUUUUAGAAAUGUCCAACAUCAACUACGCCUACAAUGGGCGCAAGUACACGUAUGGGUACAUGGUACGCAACUUCGAUAUGCGUGAACAGAACGCUAUCGUAAAGCUGAACGUGGAUACGGGUUCGGAAGUCGAGCACGUGUUUCCGGAAGGCACGUAUGUCCAGGAGCCGCAAUUUGUGCCUCGCCCCGGGGCCGUCUUUGAGGACGAUGGGCUAUUAUUGACACAAGGGUUUGAUGGCGUCACUAAGAAAGCAAUAAUGGCAAUUCUCGACGCUAGAACGAUGACGUUGUUAGGCAAAGUGACUGCCCGUGAGCUUGCACUGUUUGGUCUGCAUAACAGAUUGUUUCCACUAAACGUUGGGUCUUUCAUUGGAACACACGCGGAAAUACAUGUGAUAAUUGGAUGAACAUGUUCGUCAGAACAAAGAAAAUUGGUCGAUGAAACAGACAUAUGCUUUUUUAUAUCAUUUCAAUAAAACGUCCAGUCAUAA